CUGGCGUUACAGGCCCUUUGGCGCCUGCGUAUUCGUGAAGUGUGAAAAAAGCGCGCCUCUGUUGGGACGGGAAAUCAGCCUUUCUAUUGGUCAGGGUUAGAAACCCCGCCUUUGAGGCAUUUUCAACCAAUGGAAGCGCGGCAUUCUUCAUUUAAACUGUCUAUAAAUUUCUGCCUAGUCAAAGUUAAGAGUGGCGCCAGGGAUUUGAACCGCGCUGACGAAGUUUGGUGAUCCAUCUUCCGAGUAUCGCCGGGAUUUCGAAUCGCGAUGAUCAUCCCCUCUCUAGAGGAGCUGGACUCCCUCAAGUACAGUGACCUGCAGAACUUAGCCAAGAGUCUGGGUCUCCGGGCCAACCUGAGGGCAGACAAGUUGUUAAAAGCCUUGAAAGGCCACAUUAAACAUGAGGCAAGAAAAGGAAAUGAGAAUCAGGAUGAAAGUCAAACUUCUGCAUCCUCUUGUGAUGAGACUGAGAUACAGAUCAGCAACCAGGAAGAAGCUGAGAGACAGCCACUUGGCCAUGUCACCAAAACAAGGAGAAGGUGCAAGACUGUCCGUGUGGACCCUGACUCACAGCAGAAUCAUUCCGAGAUAAAAAUAAGUAAUCCCACUGAAUUCCAGAAUCAUGAAAAGCAGGAAAGCCAGGAUCUCAGAGCUACUACAAAAGUUCCUUCUCCACCAGACGAGCACCAAGAAGCUGAGAAUGCUGUUUCCUCAGGUAAACGUGGAAUAAAUGGUAACAGAGAUUCAAAGGUACCUUCAGAAAGAAAGAAAUCUCUCUACACAGAUGAGUCAUCCAAACCUGGAAAAAAUAAAAGAACUGCAAUCACUACUCCAAACUUUAAGAAGCUUCAUGAAGCUCAUUUUAAGGAAAUGGAGUCCAUUGAUCAAUAUAUUGAGAGAAAAAAGAAACAUUUUGAAGAACACAAUUCCAUGAAUGAACUGAAGCAGCAGCCCAUCAAUAAGGGAGGGGUCAGGACUCCAGUACCUCCAAGAGGAAGGAUCUCUGUGGCUUCUACUCCCAUCAACCAACGACGCUCGCAAGGCCGGUCUUGUGGCCCUGCAAGUCAGAGUACCUUGGGUCUGAAGGGGUCACUCAAGCGCUCUGCUAUCUCUGCAGCUAAAACGGGUGUCAGGUUUUCAGCUGCUACUAAAGAUAAUGAGCAUAAGCGUUCACUGACCAAGACUCCAGCCAGAAAGUCUGCACAUGUGACGGUGUCUGGGGGCACCCCAAAAGGCGAGGCUGUGCUUGGGACACACAAAUUAAAGACCAUCACGGGGAAUUCUGCUGCUGUUAUUACCCCAUUCAAGUUGACAACUGAGGCAACGCAGACUCCAGUCUCCAAUAAGAAACCAGUGUUUGAUCUUAAAGCAAGUUUGUCUCGUCCCCUCAACUAUGAACCACACAAAGGAAAGCUAAAACCAUGGGGGCAAUCUAAAGAAAAUAAUUAUCUAAAUCAACAUGUCAACAGAAUUAACUUCUACAAGAAAACUUACAAACAACCCCAUCUCCAGACAAAGGAAGAGCAACGGAAGAAACGCGAGCAAGAACGAAAGGAGAAGAAAGCAAAGGUUUUGGGAAUGCGAAGGGGCCUCAUUUUGGCUGAAGAUUAAUAAUUUUUUAACAUCUUGUAAAUAUUCCUGUAUUCUCAACUUUUUUCCUUUUGUAAAUUUUUUUUUUUUUUUUUUUUUUUUUUUUUUUUUGCUGUCAUCCCCACUUUAGUCACGAGAUAUUUUUCUGCUAACUGUUCAUAGUCUGUGUAGUGUCCAUGGGUUCUUCAUGUGCUAUGAUCUCUGAAAAGACGUUAUCACCUUAAAGCACAAAUUCUUUGGGAUGGUUUUUACUUAAGUCCAUUAACAAUUCAGGUUUCUAAUGAGACCCAUCCUAAAAUUCUGUUUCUAGAUUUUUAAUGUCAAGUUCCCAAGUUCCCCCUGCUGGUUCUAAUAUUAACAGAACUGCAGUCUUCUGCUAGCCAAUAGCAUUUACCUGAUGGCAGCUAGUUAUGCAAGCUUCAGGAGAAUUUGAACAAUAACAAGAAUAGGGUAAGCUGGGAUAGAAAGGCCACCUCUCCAUUCUCUAUAGAAUAUAGUAACCUUUAUGAAAUGGGGCCAUAUAGUUUGGUUAUGACAUCAAUAUUUUACCUAGGUGAAAUUGUUUAGGCUUAUGUACCUUCGUUCAAAUAUCCUCAUGUAAUUGCCAUCUGUCACUCACUAUAUUCACAAAAAUAAAACUCUACAACUCAUUCUAACAUUGCUUACUUAAAAGCUACAUAGCCCUAUCGAAAUGCGAGGAUUAAUGCUUUAAUGCUUUUAGAGACAGGGUCUCACUGUGUUGCCCAGGCUGGUCUCAAACUCCACCAAAUGUACUUCUUAUUCAUUUUAUGGAAAAGACUAGGCUUUGCUUAGUAUCAUGUCCAUGUUUCCUUCACCUCAGUGGAGCUUCUGAGUUUUAUACUGCUCAAGAUCGUCAUAAAUAAAAUUUUUUCUCAUUGUCA